UCGAGGCUCGUCGGUCGCAGAGUUUCUUUCUUUGCGCCACCAAGCCCUGAAAUAAACUUUCGCGGCAAACAUUAACGACAGAAGUCGUCACAGCAAACAAAAACUCUCGGCAGGGCGCCAAGGCCACCUAAAUGCAGUUGGGCCAGGGAAACGUGCCCAGUAAUAAGCUGCGUGCCACCGCGAACGCGUCGGAAAAUCCGCAAGUGCCUCUGGGAGUCUGCGUUGUGUCAGGGUGGCAUGGAGUCGCUCCGCGUGCACGCGUGAACCGCAACACGGCGAAGAUGGCGAUCGGGCUGCUUCCCCACAUGAUCCUCAGUUCCCUCUGCCUCUCGACCAACAUCCUCUACCAUGAAUUGCUGGAUGGGACGUUGCUGCGUCUGCCGCAGAAGAAGGAUCUGGGACUCCAUCAGUCCCUGUCCGAUGUUGCCCCAGAUCUCGUACCAUACGCGGAGCAAGGGUUACUGGCCCUGAAGGAAAUCCAGAGACAUCUGGACAUGGAAACGAACGCGUGGGAAAUCGUCAGCGAUGAGGACGGGAUCGUCGUCAGGGACUUCUACCACCCCGAAUACAAGAAGUUCAUUUAUCUCACCGAGGCGAAAAUCGAGGCCAGCCCUCAACGGUUGAUGGAGGAGUAUUUUCUGAACUGGCAGGGGGUGGCUUCUUGGAACCCCGGAGUCUCCGUCUUCGAAAGGGUCAAGCUGGUGAGCAACAAUACUCACGUGGUGCAUCAAGUAGCGGGAGAGCAGGGCUCCAGCUUCAUCAGCAAAAGAGAUUUCGUGUCCGUCUAUUCCUGGUUUCUCAUCAAAGAUACCUAUUACUACGUGUUCACUGCCGCCGACUGGCCUUCAUUGCCGCCCACCGCGGAGCAUGUCCGGGGUCGCUUUUACCCGAGUGCAUUUGUGUUCGCGCCGUGGAAGGGGUCCACCGACGCCACAUCGUUCCGCUACGUGGCCAACGUGGACCUCAAGAUCACCUCGUGGCUGGACCCGAUCUUGAGGCACUUGUUCCCCCCGAGCAUGGUCGAGUACGUCCAGGCGCUGAGGAAACACGUGGAGAGUUUCACUUAAUGAAUGCCAAAUGACUGCACUAUGCUGCAAGUGGAUUUAUGCACAAAUCACCUCCCAAAGAAGUCGACGCAGUGCCUGAUGUGUCUUUGUGCGGUUCUUCCAGAUUCAUUGAUAUUCCUGAAUGGUGCAUUUUCAUUUUUUAGGUUUUGCCGACUGUUAUUAUGUGGGUUUAAGAAUUACAUACUAUUGUUGACGUGUUCAGAAUAAACAUGCCAGUUUUGAG